AUUACUGGGUUUCCGGAUUGGUAAUAAAUUUUACUUUGAUGUCGUUCUUCCAUUUGGCUGUCGGUCUUCACCUUAUCUAUUCUGUCUUUUCUCAGAAGCGCUACGCUGGAUCCUGUUUCAUGUAACUAAAUACGUGUGGUUUCUUCAUUAUGUAGAUGAUUUCCUGUUUAUUGGGAAAACUGACUCUGUUCAGUGCCAGGUCAUUUACAACAAGUUUUGUGAAUUAUGUUUAGCGCUUGGUUUCCCGUUAGCUGCCGAUAAGACGGCAGGUCCGGCUACUUGUUUGACAUUUCUUGGUAUCCAACUUGAUUCUGUUUCCGGUACUAUUUCUCUGCCAGAUAAAAAGUUAGAAGAUAUAAUUACUGUACUCAAUUCCUGGGUAAAUCGCAGCUCGUGCACUGUCACAGAACUGCAAAGCCUUAUCGGCAAGUUGCAAUUUGCUGCCAAGUGUAUUCCCGUUGGCCGCUUAUUUUUAAGACGUAUGAUUAAUCUGUUGCCUCAGUGCAUAUCCAAAGAUAUUGUGUUAGACUUGCAUUUUCACGCCGAUCUUCAAUGGUGGCGCGAUUAUUUACCGACUUGGAAUGGUACCAACUCGUUUAUUGAUAUCGAUUGGUCUAAUUCUGAUGUUUUACAUUUUUAUACUGAUGCAGCGAAAUCCUACGGCUUUGGUGGAUAUUUUGCUGGAAAGUGGUUCAGCGGGCGGUGGCCAGCCAGCGUUGAUAUCUCUAAGUGCAGUAUUGCUUUGUGUGAGUUGAUUCCUGUUUAUAUUGCAUGCGUGUUAUGGGGUUCCUCUAUUACCGGCAAGAAAGUUUUGUUGCAUUCCGAUAACCUUGCAGUUGUUCAAGCGUGGUCUAAAUUUUCCUCUCGUAACGCUGAUAUUAACCGGAUAAUGCGUAAAAUAUUUUACAUCGCCGCACAACAUAACUUUAAUCUUAAAGUCGAACAUAUUUCUGGCUGCGAUAACACCAUUGCUGAUACUCUGUCGCGUGGUCAGUUUAAUAAGUUUUACGAGUUGUGUCCUGAUGCUAAUGCUGUUGCGGAACUCAUUCCUGAUGUCUUGGUUGAUUUGUUUUUAAUCUAAAAUGAAUCGGACAAUAAAACGUUUACUCAGAAAUCACAUUUCUGAUGCGUCGCGCUCUGCCUAUAGUGUGGCUGUAUCCGCUUACUCUAAGUAUUGUCUAGCGAAUAACUACAAGUUUCACCGGUCCACUCUACUUCGCUUUAUUGCCCAUCUGUUUGAUCGUGGCAUUGCAUAUUCCACUGUACGUGUUUACAUUGCCGGCAUCUCUAACUGGCUGAAAGAACAUGGCCACACUGACUUCACUAAGACAUUAAUUAUUGAACAAGCAAUUAAAGGGUUUGCUCGGCUCCGUCCAAAUCAGCGUGAUCAAAGACAACCGAUAUCUCUCGAUGUUAUGAGAUUAAUUAAGGCGCGCCUUAAUGAUUCUCAGCUGGCAUCUUAUGAUAAGGUGUUGUUCUGGGCGGCUUGUAAUGCUGCAUUCUUUGGCUUUUUACGUCCUGGUGAGUUUACCGUCUCUCACACUCACUCGUUUCGUGCUGGUCGCACUCUCCUGCUUUCUGAUCUUAUCCUUGGUGGGAAUUCUGUUAUUGUGACCAUAAAAAGAUCAAAAACAGAUCAGAUGUCCUGCGGCUCUCGAUUAUCUCUCUCAUCUACUAAGCGUUCCGUCUGUCCAUACCGCGCUAUCUCGAAAUUCUAUGCACUGCGUUGCGGCAUUGGCUUUUCUAAUGUUUACCCGUUUUUCAUGUAUCCUAAUGGCACAUUCUUAUCACGGUCUCGAUUUGCUGGUACUCUUAAACUACUGCUGCAUGAUAUUCCUUAUGCCUCCCAUUACACGCCGCACAGUUUCCGUAUUGGGGCGGCAACCGUCGCGUCGGAGCUUGGAUGCUCUCCCACAAGGAUCAAACGUGCCGGUCGUUGGAAGAUCCAAGUGUACUCCCGCUACAUCCGAUCGGUUCGGGCGGUAGAGGGGCUUCGUCCCUACAAAUGACUCGAGUUUGGGGUUUGGGGGUUGUUGUAGAAAGGGCUUAUGGGAUCCGCUGCGUCGGUCACCUACGCCUGAGCUACGUUCAUACGCCCAAAGUACCAAUAAAACGUUAUUUCCGGUUCGUGCCCGGCGCUGCCUUAAAGAGAAUUAGCGGAGCUAAUUCCUGUUAAGGCAGCAAAGGAGGAAUAGGCGGGACUAUGUCUCCUCGUUGGACAGCGGUCAUUUGACAUAGCACUAUGUGUGGUUUCCUGUUAAUGUUAAUGUGACUCUAUAUAAGCCGAUUUCCUCUGGCAUGUACUUGUAGCGUUGUGAUUCAGUUGCUUUUGCAGCAUUACCGUAUGUAUUGUCAAAUCGUAUC